UCGGACUGUCCACUGGCAGUGAUGCCAGCAGCGCGAUCAGUGCUCCCCUGUGACCCUAGGACCUCGGGGUCCUCGCCUUGUGACGCUCGUUUACCGCUAGGCAGCCACUCUCGAUUUCGACUACCGUAGACACUCCACCUCCGCUGGAAAUCCUUCCACCGCCACCUGAGUUCGUUUCGCGGUGCACGUCAACGUCACGUUCUCGCGUGCCGUUUUCUAUCGAUCAGGGUCUUUCCGAUCGCGCCAUUGUAAGCCUUUCGUUUCAGUCGCUCUUUCCGUCACCUGCGGGCUCCUCCCCUGCUUCGCUAUAGACUCUGGAUUCGAGUUACUCAAAGCUUGCUCUCGUGCGGAUUUCACUUUCUGAGAGCGCGCGAAGUAAAGCAGGCAGCCUUGCUUGCUGUUACUAGCCGCGGAGCGUGAGGUUCCGAGUAACAGCAAGUCCUUUUCCGACUCGUAGCAGGUAGGAGUCUAGUUUUAAGGCGCCUAAAAACUAGACUCGUAUCACGCGGCUUUUCCGAGUCGUAGCAGAUCCGGUGACAUCCCGUGCGAGCCAAGGCCCUCCGCGAUCACCUGACUGUCUGUGUCUGCCUUUGCCUUCACCUGCCUCCGCCUGCCUGCUUCCGCCUGCCUGAUCGGUUUCCCGCACCACUUUCUACCGCAAUGGACCUCCGAGAAACGGUUUCGCUGCCUCUGCCUCCCUCUCUCCGCUCGCGCCUCCUCUCCGCCGGCUUCCUCACAGUUGCCGACUUCCACACGCUGAAGCCAGAGGAUCUCGCACGGGACGCGUCUCUGUCCAUAGAGGAUGCAAAGCACGUGCUGGGCGUGGCUGUGGGCAGCAUUCAGACUAGCAUCAUUCCCACCGCUGCUGGCAUUGCAGGCGCGCGAUCAGCAUGGGAGUUGUUGGAAGCGGAGAGGAGCAGGGGUAGGGUCCACACGAUGAGUGCUGAGCUGGAUCAGAUGCUUGGAGGAGGGGUGGCGCUGCAAGAACUGACAGAGAUAUGUGGUCCGCCAGGAGUUGGCAAGACACAGCUGGGCAUGCAACUGGCCAUCAACGUGCAAACGCCCGCUGUGCUGGGAGGGGUGGAAGGAGAGGCCGUCUACAUCGACACGGAGGGCAGUUUCAUGGUGGAGCGAGCAGCGGCAAUGGCGGAUGCAUGGGCGGCUCACUGCAACGCUGCUGCCGCCGCAAUAGAUACACCUGCCCCAUAUACCACCACCCCUUAUCAACGCCCCAAUCAGCAGCACUCUCAACACCAUUACCAGCAGCACCAAUCCCAGCACCAGCACUCUCAGCAACACAUGCUGGCCAGUGCACUUGGUGCAGCAUCGGCAGCAGUGGCAUCCAGAGUGUCGCGGGCAGCAGCGCUGGCAGGCGUGCACUACCUGCGGGUGUAUGACCACACAGAACAGACGGCCCUCGUUCACUCUCUGCCGCACCUGCUUGCCGUACAUCCCAAGGUCAAGCUCAUUGUGAUGGACAGUGUCACCUUCCACUUCCGCCAUGGCUUCACUGACAUGGGCCUGCGCUCACGCCUGCUCGCCUCCAUGGCCAGGGAGCUGCUGGCGAUAGCAGAUGAACACAACGUUGCUGUGGUGCUGGUGAAUCAAGUCACCACCAAAGUGGAGGGCGAGGUGUCAAGGCUUGUGCCUGCUCUAGGUGAGAGCUGGGCGCACGCCUGCACCAAUCGCGUCAUUCUCUUUUGGAGCGGCGGCCAGCGCUUUGCGCACCUCUUCAAGUCGCCCUACCUGCGGGCCGGCACAGCGCCCUUUACAGUCACAUCUGAGGGGGUCAGGUCCUUAGAAGACGCACACAAGAGGCAGCGGCUGGACGGGUCGGAGAGAGCUCUGCUAUUGGCAGGUCCGGGUGUUUGCUAGUACUGGUACGGUACCGUGUAUUCUGUUCUGCUUCUACACUAGAAAACUGGGGUGGCUCGAGCUUUCCUGCCCUUCAAAGUGCUGCCAAACAACAAAAGCAGUAGGAAGCAGCUGGCUGGGUCCAAUGCUGUACAGUGUGUAUAUAGUAGCUGCUUCACUAGUGGGUAUUGGUAGUGUGCAAUGCAAGACUGAGCAUUGUAUGGCAGCAGAACAGCAAGCCCUGAUUUUUGAGGCGCCUCAAAAAUAGCCCUGAGCUUUCUGCCUGCUGAAAGGAUGUGGAUUGUUGAAACCUCC